UAUAUUGUGUAUUGACAUUCCGAAAACAAAAUUGAAAAUGACAAACCUAUGAUCCUAUGAUCUCAUCAAUACAAUAUUAGAUACUGUUAAUUAUUGUGAGUGUAACAUAUCCAAUGUACUAUGAACAGCUGAUAACAUCUAAAUAGAAUUUACAAUUUAUUAGUUGCAACAAGACGAAUAUAGCGAUGCGUUUAGAUUACGAUGGAAUUCUGACGAAAGCGAGCCUUUUCAUAGUCCUUGGAACUGCUGUAUACAUGUCGAUGCUAACUCUGGUAUAUAGUGGUCAGCUGCAUUCCAAAAGUCAGGAUAAUGUGUUCUUCAUCCCAGUUACAUCAGACAUCAAAAGUAAUACAGUAGUGUCUUGUUAUUACAACACACCUGAUAAUGAUGGCAAACAACUAUUGCCAGCCAGUAUUGACCCUCACCUGUGCACACACAUCAAUGUUGCAUUUGCAAGAGUCAUCGACAAAAAGAUACAUCUAGAUGAAUAUCAAUACCAAACUAUAACUGAAUUGUGCAAACUCAAACAGGAAAAUCCUGCCCUUAAAGUAUUGAUUUCAGUGGGAGGUGCUGGAGAAGCUUCUGGUUUUAGAGACAUGGUUGCCAAUCAUGCUUCUAGGAAAAUUUUUAUCAAAUCAAUCAAAACUAUUCUAAGAAAUUACAAAUUAGAUGGAAUAGAUUUAGACUGGGAGUUUCCAGAAGUGCACAAGCUUUAUAAAAUGAAAGGAAGUCGCGAGAGGCAACACUUCUCCCAGUUACUGCGUGAAAUCAGAAUGGAAUAUUUGAGGGAAAAGCGAGAUUACCUGCUGACUGUAGCUGUUGCUGCUCCAGAGGCAAUAGUUGAUGUUUCCUACGAUGUGCAGCAGAUUAAUAAUUAUGUAGACUAUGUUAACAUCAUGACAUAUGACUACCACUAUUAUACUAAAUACACUCCAUUCACUGGCUUCAACUCCCCAUUAUUCUCAAGACCCUCGGAAAGUUUGUACAUGGGCACACUUAAUGUUAAUUACACAGUCAACAUGUAUUUAAAUAAAGGAUUGGAUCGAGAUAAGAUAGUUGUUGGAAUACCAACAUAUGGACAUUCAUUUACUCUAGUGAAUGCAGACAACCCAAAUAUUGGCAGUCCAGCUUCAGGCUACGGAUCUCUAGGUUCACUAGGCUUUGUUAAUUACCCAGAUGUUUGCUUAUUUGUAGCCAACAGUAAUGUUAGAGUGAUAUUUGAUGAUCACGCAAAAGUGCCUUACUUAUAUAAACAGAAAGAAUGGACCUCAUUUGACUCAGCUCACAGUGUCAUGGAGAAGGCAAAAUAUAUAAAAGACAAUAGACUACGAGGUGCUAUGGUGUAUUCAUUAAAUGCUGAUGACUAUGAAGGAAAAUGUACUAGUAAAACAAAUAACACCAUACUGUUCCCUCUUGUUCAAUCAAUUAGGGACACUCUCAUAACCAAAAGCACACAAGAUGUUAUACUUGUCUAAGCAGGGGCGGCCCAAGUCUAAUAAAGUAAGUGUUGAUAAGAAAAUAGUGUACCUGUUGCCUCUUGGUGACAUAGGUGAUUUUAUACAUGGUGCGGGAUGUCAUGGCUGCUGUAGUACUCGCGUACAGUGCGCGAAGUCGCCCGCGCCGGCUCGUGCUCGUCCAAACAGAACACACGCGCCUUCAUUAGACAAUAUUAAUUAACUUUUACCGUUCUAAAAAAGUAAGAAUGUUGUCUUACUGUUUCAUACCCCUACCCCCUAUCCGGAGAUAUACGCUCCACUGGGCACUGUUUUAUGCCGUUAAAUCACAUUUAUUCUAGUUUGCCGACAAUGUGUGGGAGAGUUGAUUGCCUUCAGGCCAAAUAUGAUAUAAUAAGAUAAAUUAUUGAGGCGCUCGCCAUAAUAAUCUCUGGGCGUGACGUACAUGUGGGCAGUUAUAACGUAUUAUGAACAAUACACUAGUGCGUCCGUCAGAACGAUUUGUCGAGAGUAACUAAUAAAAGAUGUAAAUAGUCAAACACGAUUGUUUUCUAACCGAACUGUUGUCGAUCUGUGUGAACUGUCCUUAGUGGGACCUAUAGCUUUCUUUAUGUCGACUCUCGAUUUGCGCUGUCUUAAUUGGUUUUGGGCUUUACAAUACUGUUACAACGUCUGUUAAAUUGUCAAGAGACCAGACUAGUAUCAUAAUGUGAACUAACAUUCGCGGUUCCACGAACUCUAUAAGUUUGUUUCAUUUUAGGCGAUCGCUAUUUCCAAGAUCACUUUGACCAAUCGUUAUCUCUUUUGUUUUCAUAAACAUCACUAUCAACUGUAUAGGUGUUAUCUAAAUCAAGCAAGGGCAAGCAGCCUUUUUUGUUCACUAUGUCGAUGCAUCUAGUAGUCUAUCAUUCUGAAGGCUGAAUAUAAUUGCCAUAAGGUUAAUCUGAAGAGGAGUACAAAUAAUAAUUACAACAUUAGAUUUAAUAUACCUAUAACAAUGACAGUGUUGUAAAUGAGCUUAUAAAUGCUGCACCACCUGCCGAAACUAUGGAUGUUGUGAAAACAGCAUUCGACAUUGGACAUUCCAUUUUAGAGGCUAAAGCGGAACUCGUAGGCGACUAACGACUGUGUGUGCAAAGAUCUAGUCGAGGCUUAGCUCUCAAAUAAAUUUAUUUUUAAGAUCCGAUUUCUACCAUAUUAAAUAUGUUUAUUUAAGUUACAGAUG